AUGUACGACCAGGAGGCCAUUGUGCCGGCAAAAUUCAUGGUUCUAAGUUUAAGGAUCGCGAUCGAGAAUUGCCUAGUAGAUAUGGAGAGCCUGCAGGAGCAAUUGUACGCGUUAGGCAAGUUGGAUGAACGCAGAAUGAUGGCCCAAUGGGCCACUGAAGCCGCCCAACAAAAACGAAAAUUUUGGCAUGAUAAGCACAUCCGACACAUGGAAUUUCGUCCAGGUCAAUGGGUGUUGAAGUAUAAUGGGCGGAAUGAGAUUAAGCCUGAGAAAUUUAAAGUCCGAUGGUUGGGGCCAUAUAAAAUUCGUGACGUAGCUGUGAAUGGAGCAACUAAGUUGUCGACAUUGGGUAACCAACCAAUAAAGGAGAUGGUAAACGAGUCAAAGUUGAAGAUUUACCACCACAGGCAGCGGAGGAAUGAUCCAGUUUGCCCGGAGGUGGGGCCUAGCCGGACAAAUUGA